AUGAAGCUCACUAUUCCCAUCGCAGCGGUAGCAGUUGCACUCACCUCGGUGUCUGCUCUGCCUGUUGAAACCAACGGCGGUGUUCAAGAUGUCAUCUCGACAGGUGGAUUCGCUGGAUCGCUCUUUGGUGGCUUCGCUUCUUCCUUACGCGACAUGUUUGCAGCUCGUCUCGUGCAGACCUCUGCCACCGAGGAACCGUACUGGACAACCGAACUGGGUAAGCAGCUGCUCUGGUAUCGAGGCAUCCACUUUAUGGACCUGACCGACACACCUGAACUCGGACAACUCAAUGCCGCUCGUCUGCAAGCCGAGGGAGCCCCGCUCUCGUUCACACAAGCCUCCAAGUUCCCAUCGAAGCUCGCACACAAGUCUCAACUCAAAGCCGUCUUUUCGCACAUCUCGCAGGAGGGACCUCGCAAGCACUUGGAAAAGUUCACAUCGUUCCACACACGCUACUACAAAUCCGAAACGGGACGUCAAUCGCAAGCAUGGCUCUUCAAGACAGUCUCUGACCUGGUCAAAGACCACUCUUCUUUCAUCAAGGUGCAGGAAUUCCCGCAUCCCUGGGGUCAGAACUCGAUCCUGCUCAAGGUCAAGGGAACCAACUCGACGCUGACCGCUUCCAAAGGAGUGACGAUUUUGGGAGCUCACCAAGACUCCACCAACUUGUUCCCCUUCUUUGCUGCUCCGGGCGCCGACGAUGAUGGUUCGGGAACCGUGACGAUCAUUGAAGCGCUGAGGGUGCUGUUGGAGGAGAAAUGGCGGCCGGAGACCGACGUUGAAUUCCACUGGUACUCUGCCGAAGAAGGAGGCCUACUAGGCUCCCAGGCUGUUGCGCAGUCGUACGAACGUGCCAAUACCAAAGUACAUGCCAUGCUCCAACAAGACAUGACCGCAUUCGUUAAACAAGGCACGCAGGAAACCGUCGGGCUCGUCGCCGACUUUGUCAGCACUCCUCUCACCCAAUUCAUCGCCCAACUUGUGGAUGAAUAUCUGCACAUCGGAUACACCCACACCAAGCUCGGCUAUGCUGGCUCAGAUCACGCCAGUUGGACCAAGAUCGGCGCCGACAGCGCGUUUGCUAUCGAAGCUACGUUUGAAAAUAGCAACUUGAAGAGGAUCCAUACCACGAGCGAUACGUUCGACUACCCCGAGUUCAGCUUCGAUCAUCUCAUGCAGUUCGUUAGACUCAGCGCUAGUUUUGUCGUCGAACUGGCCGGCUGGAGUGACAAAGCUUGA